AUGGUCGUCGUCUCCCCUGACACUGACAACUGUGGUCCAGACUGGCUCGAGUAUGACUCCAGCUGCUACAAGAAAGGGGACAGCCCCAACGGUUGGCUGGGGGCCCGGCACCACUGCAUUUGGGAGGGCGGUGACCUGGUCUCCAUCAACUCCCCAGAAGAGGCGCGAUUUGUGAAGGACACCAUGGGCAAGGAUACCCCGUUCUGGCUGGGAAUCUCCAACCAGGAAUGCAACAACAUCUCGUGUAGCUUGAAAAGCGGAUACCAGGAGAUGAGACGGUCCGAUCACCACUUUAUGACAUACGCCAACUGGGAAAUACAGCCAUUCCAGGAAAAAAACAAAAAAGCACAGUCUUCCAGUUUGGCGCGUCUUUUGUUGUAUGUCUCGCUUUACACAUCUUCUCCCGACAGGAUCCCUGAGGUGUUCUGUGCCUACGUCGUCCAAGGGGCUAGGAACCAGUAUAACAAGUGGCGCUUUGGAUCCUGCGGUUCCUCCUUGGCCUACCUGUGCAAACGUCCGCUGAGUAAGCCUGCAUGUCUGUCGUCGAAAGGAGGAAAAAAUGCAUCUUUUUGUGUAGGAUGCCCGGCUGGACGGGGGUGUUCCCCCAAAAGCGAUGGUUACGUUUUCGAAGCAGUGUUAACUUCCCAGUGUGACAAUGACAGCUUCUUGUAUAAUGAUUAUUGUUAUCAUUAUGAAAAAGUGAACAAAAGUUGGGAGGAUGCCGAAACGUUCUGUCAAGCCCGCGGAGGCCACCUGGCCAGCAUGCACUCGGAGGAAGACGGCCAAUUCUUGUUUGAUCAUAGCACUUCGGUUCAUUGGUUGGGACACAAGAAGAUGAAGAACAGCAAUGACUGGAGAAACAGUGACGGAACAACUUAUGACUUCGGCCGCGAAAUUGAGGACUACAAAUUGGGUGAAUGUACAGUUGUGCUACGUAAUGGAGCGAUGGGUGUCAACCAGGACUGCUCCAUUCGGCUGCCAUUUUUCUGCAAGAAAGCCAAGUGCGGAGGGCCUCGACAGCUACCAUCAUUAGUUGGCCUACCGGACUGGAAUCACAAAUGCGGCUGGUGGUUGGACAACCCCUACAGUGACUUCUGCUACCUGAUUAGGCGCCAGCCCAUGGUGACCUGGGAGGAGGCGGAAGAAACCUGCCAAAGCUUUGGAGGGAACCUGCUCAGUAUCGCGGACUCGCACGAACAAUCCUUCAUACACGGUAUCAAGACCCUGGCGGGCAUUGACUGGAUGUGGUUGGGCACUAAAUCCCCAUUGCAUGUACUCUCCAAGUGGACUGAUGGAUCACCGGUCAGUUACGUCAAGUUGAAGAAGACAGCACAAUACGACUGUGUUGCGUUUCACGACAACUGGGCACAUUGCGGUUGCAACAACCAGCUAGGCUACAUCUGCAAGAGAAUAGGACAAGGAAAAGGAGUGAAACAAUCUUUGGCUUCUGACAGCGCCAACCAGUGUGCUCCUGGGUGGCUUAUGUACGGCACCAGCUGCUACAAGAAGGUGGAGGCCCCCAAUGGUUGGCUGGGGGCCCGGCAUCACUGUUUGUGGGAGGGCGGCGACCUGAUCUCCAUCAACUCCUCAAGCGAGGCGCAAUUUGUGAUGAAAACCAUGGGCAAGGAGACCCCGUUCUUCUGGAUUGGACUCUCCAACCUGAAAUGCGAUGUCUGGUGUCGCUUUGAAGGCGGCAAACGGCGCCUAACCUGGUCCAAUGGCCUGGGAGUAGAUUACCAGAACAUUGCAAAACAUCAUCCUUGGACAUUGGAUGUUUCAUCCUGCGCCUACGUCAACCAAGGAGGAAGGGGUCAGACUGGCAUGUGGAGGUCUGGUUCCUGCGGUUCCUCAUUACCCUACAUGUGCAAACGGCCGCUGAAAUGCCCGGCUGGAAAGACGUGUUCCCCCAAAGGCGACGGCUACAAAGCAGUGGCAACUUCUGACUGCAACGAUGGCAACUUCCUGUAUGGCGAUCAUUGCUAUAAUUACCAGAAGAUCUACAAAAGUUGGGAGGAAGCCGAGAAGUUCUGUCUCACCCGGGGAGGCCACCUGGUCAGUGUCCAUUCCAAGAAAGAGACCAGAUUUGUGUUUGAUCACGCAAGGGGUUUGAUUCCUUGGCUUGGACUAAGGAAAAACCAUACACACGAGUGGAGUGACGGAACAGUUUAUGACUACAAAGAGUGGGAACGCAAACAACCUGCGAAGUGCGCAUGCCCCAAUUCUUGGGGGGAGUUAACUGCCUGCCCCUGCACGGGAGAGCGGCCAUUUGUCUGCAAAACAGCCAAGCUCCGAAGCUUUCCACAGCUCCCACCAUUAAUUGGUCAAGCAGGCUGGACUGACAAAUGCGGCUGGUGGCUGGACGGCCUCUCCGGCGACUUUUGCUACCUGGUUGACCACUGGCCCAAGACCUGGCAGAAGGCGGAAGACGACUGCAAUCGCCUCGGAGGGAACCUGCUCAGCAUCACAGACUUGCCCGAGCAGAACUUCCUACACGGUUACACCAAGGCUCUGGCCAUGGAGGGUAAUGCCUCUCUGUGGUUGGGUGCCAGAACCCCAUUGUACGAAGAUGACAGCAUGUGGACUGACAAAUCACCGUGGAAGAAAAUCAAAACGGUUGGAGGUGACAUGAACUCAACUCAAAGAUGUCUUUCCAUGGCCACUGGCAGCGGUGACUGGAAGGUCGACAAGUGCGACAAUAAGAAAGACUAUAUCUGCAAGAAAAAAGGAGUGGCGAAGAAAAUACCUUCAUCGUCUCCUAAAGGUGUGCCUUCAGCCAACCGGUGCGCUCUUGGGUGGCUUGAGCACGGCACCAGCUGCUACAAGAAGGUGGAGGCCCCCAACGGUUGGCUGGGGGCCCGGCAUCACUGUGUCUGGGAGGGCGGCGACCUGGUCUCCAUUAACUCCUCAGCCGAGGAACAAUUUGUGAAGGACAUCAUGGGCGAGAAGACACCGUUCUGGCUGGGACUCUCCAACCAGAUAUGCGACGACGUUUGGUGUCGCUUCAAAGGCGGAAGCCAGAAUUUGAGCUGGUCCGAUGGCCAGAUGAGGUCACGCACCAACUGGAUUUUAAAUCAUACUGAAAUAACCAACGUUACUUCCUGCGCCUACGUCAACCAAGGGGCUUGGAGUCAGCCUGGCAAGUGGCGCUCUGGAUCCUGCGAUUCCUCCUUGGACUACGUGUGCAAACGUCCGCUGAAGUGCCCGGCUGGAAAGACGUGUUCCCCCAAAGGCGACGGCUACAAAGCAGUGGCAACUUCUGACUGCAACGAUGGCAACUUCCUGUAUGGCGAUCAUUGCUAUAAUUACCAGAAGAUCUACAAACGUUGGGAGGAAGCCGAGAGGUUCUGUGUCGCGCGGGGAGGCCACCUGGCCAGCCUCCACUCCAAAGAAGAGGCCCGAUUUGUGUAUGAUCACUCGCAAAGUCAACAUUCGUCUUUUGUGGGACUCAAGAAUAAGACGAAGAAUGCCUACAAAUGGAGUGACGGAACAGCUUUUGACUACAAAGAGUGGGAAAAGACCACAAAGAACACCACUGGGGAAUGUGCAUUCCCAAAUUCUGUUGGGCAGCUCAGUGCCUGCCCCUGCACAAAAGACCGGCCAUUCGUCUGCAAAACAGCUAAACGCAGAGGGCCUCAACAGCUGCCACCAUUAGUUGGCCAACUGGACUGGACUGACAAAUGCGGCUGGUGGUUGGACAACCCCUACAUUGACUACUGCUACCUGCUCGACCACCAGGCCAGGAGGACCUGGAAGCAGGCUCAAGACGACUGCCAACGCUUAGGAGGGAACCUGCUCACCAUUGCCAAUGCUUACGAGCAGGCCUUUGUACAUGUUUACAUCAAGGCUCUGGCAAUUAAGCCAUCCCUGUGGAUGGGCGCCACUGACACCAAAUGGAUUGACGGAACCAGGAUCACUUACUCCAAAUGGAGUGCAGGUCGGUCUGAACGCAUGCUCGUUGGCCGCUGUAGAGGAGCGCUUAGAUCUUGUCUCCCUCCAGGUAACGCCAAAGGGGCGAAAUGUUUUACCUUUCUGACUGGUAGCGGCUACUGGAAAGCUGACACUUGCGACAACCAGCGAGGCUACAUCUGCAGGAAAAGUGGAUAAAGAUAAGGAGGGCAACAACCUUUGACGUCUUCUAAUGGCAGGUCGUGAUCCUUAGGAAGCUGAGUGCUUGACAUGCAAGGCAAAUAAAGGUGCCAAUGCACCCUGCAAGAGGAGGACUGAAGAGGAGCCCUUUUUUUUUUUUCUUCAAAUGCAGCACCGAUGGCCGUAUUUCUUUUCUUUAUUUUACCGAGUGUACCACUUAAAAAGUAAAUGAUGUCAGCGUACACAGGUUUUUGUUAGUGGAAAUAUGUUUAGGUUAUUGUAUAUAUGUUUUGUGUUGUUCGGGCCAAUAAAUAACGUGGGCCUUGAAUCAUACUGAUAGGUAAGAAGUCCCAACUUUCCAUGCUUUAAUUGUCAGAGGAAGUUCUGGAACUAACUUCCAAAAAGGCUUCUGCUGACGUUUUAUUGGAAAGGAGUAUAUAUAGUCUAGUAUUCAUAUUAUUCCAAUUUACCAUGCAUUAUCAUUCUGUUUGAUUUACCAUGCAUUAUUAUCAUUGAUUGAUUUACCAUGCAUUAUGAUUGUUUGAUUUACCAUGCAUUAUUGUUAUUGUUUGAUUUACCAUGCGUUAUUCUUUGAUUUACUAUGUAUUAUUAUUAUGUUGGAUUUACCAUGCAUCAUUAUUCAGUUUGAUUUACCAUGCGAUAUUAUUAUCCUGUUAUUUUCCAUGCAUUAUUAUUGGUUUUAAUUACCAUGUGUUGUUAUUAUUCCGUUUAAUAUACCAUGCAUUAUUAUUUUGUUUGAUUUACAAUGCGUUAUUAUUCUGUUUAUUUACCAUGCAUUAUUCUGUUUUGAUUUACCAUGCGUGAUUAUUAGUCUAAUUUACCAUACCACCUUCCACCUGUUAUUUUACCUUGUAUAUUUGUCCAAAUAAAUGCAAAUAAAAUAAAAGACAUUUGAUGUUCCAGUUAACUCGUUGAAUAGUUUACUGAUUAUAACAAACAAUUGUAAAGAGUCACAUGUAGUUGUGGUAGCAAGAAGAAGAAAAAAAAGCCAAAAACCAUUGUAACUCCUUAAGUCAUCCUUUGUCGCACUAAGUGGGCAUGGGUUAGAAUUGCCUGGGCGACCCAUUCCUAAUCAGCUAUUUGAGGGCAGUUUCAGCAAUGUGCUGGUGCCAAAUGUUUGCAUCGCUUGUUUCCAUGCUGUUCGGUCAGAAAUGUUUGACGCUCAUGUCGGGAAACAGACUGCCGCGUUCCUGGAAUAAUUGAGCUCACGCAAAUGACUACGAUUUCCUCCCAUGCUGUCAAAAGAGGCCGGACGCAUGCGUGUGUGUACGUGUGCUUGUGUGUUCUGUCUACUCACAGAAAU